AUGGCAGCUGCUGCAAACGAGAAGGACUUUUCGACAGCCAUUCUUGAGUCGAAGACAAAGAAUACGCUUAUAGUCUGCGACAAGGACUGCAGUAAGCUCCGGACAUACCAGGUGGGCCUUCACCCCACAACCCUCAACGAGCUGGAGCUCUUUGAGUCUGACUAUGUCAGGAUACUGGGAAAGAAAAAGGCGGAGCUGAUCUUCAGCACGGUUGCGCUCGAAAGCGUCCCCCCCAGGCACAUUGCAAUUGUUAGGGACGGAAGAUUCAACCUGAGGAUAAGGAUCACGGACACUGUGAAGCUAUACAGAGUGGACAAGGACAUUCCGGUGGUUAGCAAGCUUAACUUCCUUCCGAUAAAGGAUACGGUUGAGAAUAUCAGGGGAAACAUUUUCGACGAGUUUGUCAGGCCGUUUCUGGAUUUCAACUUCAUGCCCCUUACGACGGGGUCGAUUUACGGAGUCACCUCUGGGCUUGGGAGGGUUGAGUUCAAGGUUACCAAGAUGAUAGAUGCACAGGACAUGGAGAUUAAGCAUGGGUCUGUGACGUCGACAACCUCUGUAUACUGCGACGAGACGAUUUCAAGGGAGGAGGUUGAAAAGGAGUUCAACAUGGUCGGAUAUGACGAUGUUGGAGGAUGCAGGGCACAGAUGGCGAAGAUCAGGGAGCUGGUUGAGCUUCCGCUGAGGCACUCCCAGCUAUACUCAAAGAUAGGGGUGAAGCCGCCGAAGGGGAUUCUGCUGUACGGACCUCCUGGAACAGGAAAGACCUUGAUAGCAAGGGCGAUAGCAAACGAGACUGGGGCCUUUCUGUUUUUGAUUAACGGGCCUGAAAUCAUGUCGAAGAUGGCGGGCGAGAGCGAGUCGAACCUAAGAAAGGCCUUUGAAGAGGCAGAGAAGAACUCCCCUGCAAUAAUCUUCAUUGACGAGAUUGACGCGCUUGCACCUAAAAGAGAGAAAUCCCAAGGUGAAGUUGAAAGAAGGAUUGUGAGCCAGCUGUUGACCCUCAUGGACGGGAUGAAGGCAAGGAGCAACGUGAUAGUUCUCGGGGCCACGAACAGGCCCAACUCCAUUGACCCUGCACUCAGGAGAUAUGGGAGAUUCGACAGGGAGAUUGAGAUUGGGGUUCCCGAUGAGACCGGAAGGCUUGAGAUUUUGAGGAUCCACACCAAGAACAUGAAGAUGUCGGAGGAUGUGGACCUGGUGGCGAUAAACAAGGAGCUGCAUGGGUUUACUGGGAGUGACCUGGCAUCGCUAUGCAGUGAAGCGGCACUACAGCAGAUCAGAGAAAAGCUUCCGCAGAUAGAUCUAGACAGCGAGAAGAUUGAUGCCAAGGUCCUAGCCUCGCUGAAAGUUAACAGUGAGAACUUCAGGUAUGCAAUCGAGCACACGGACCCAAGUUCUCUUAGGGAAACAGUUAUCCAAUCUCCAAAUGUCAAGUGGUCGGAUAUCGGGGGGCUUGAGCAGGUUAAGCAGGAGCUGAGGGAAACUGUGCAGUAUCCUGUGGAGUAUCCUGAGAAGUUCAUAAAGUUUGGAAUGACGCCUGCUAAGGGUGUCUUGUUCUACGGGCCUCCGGGAUGUGGUAAGACACUUCUUGCCAAGGCUGUUGCUACGGAAUGCAAGGCCAACUUCAUAUCCAUAAAGGGCCCGGAGCUCCUUUCGAUGUGGGUUGGAGAGUCUGAGUCGAACAUCAGAGACCUGUUUGCACGGGCAAGGGGGGCAGCACCUUGCGUUCUGUUCUUUGAUGAGAUAGAUUCGAUUGCCAAGGCAAGGUCUGGGAAUGAUGGGAGUAGUGGGGCCACUGAUAGAAUGCUGAACCAGCUGCUAUCUGAGAUGGAUGGGAUAAACCAGAAGAAGAAUGUGUUUGUGAUCGGGGCAACAAACAGGCCUGACCAGUUGGAUAGUGCUUUGAUGAGGCCAGGAAGGCUUGACCAGCUGGUUUACAUCCCACUGCCCGAUCUCGACAGCAGAGUAUCCAUCCUGCAGGCCACACUCAAGAAGACACCCCUCUCUCCUGAGAUCGAUCUUCGACAGCUUGCAGAGGCCACGGACAAGUUCUCUGGGGCCGAUCUUUCGGAGAUAUGCCAGAGGGCGUGCAAACUGGCGAUAAGAGAAACGAUCGAGUAUGAGCUUGAGCAGAAGAAAAAGGGCUCUGAGAUGAUGGAUCUCGAGGACCCCGUUCCCUACCUUCGUCCCGAUCAUCUAGUUCAAUCCUUGAAGACUGCAAGACGCAGUGUGUCUGAGAAGGAGGUCGAGCGGUACGAGGCGUUUGCAAGGUCGAUGAAAGUUGAUGUAAGAAAGUUCGACAAGAAAAAUGACAUCAACGAUGAUGGGCUCUACGAAUAA